AUGCCCGGUGUUCCAUCUUACAAAGGCUGCGAUGCUUGCCGGAAGCAGAAGAAAAAGUGUGACAAGGCUCAACCGAGAUGCGCCAGAUGCGAAAGACUGGAUAUACCCUGCGUCAACGUGGGGAAACAACGUUACAAGUUCAAGAUCCAGACUCUGAACCGUGAAUCGUCAUCGAGUUCGACGCCUCAGAUUGUCGACACUGAUGGAGAAAGGUCGAGCUCUUCUGGGUCGCGAAAAUCAGUGUCGCCGUUUCUCUUUCAACAAGCCUUGAUCAAAGUGCCGAGUAACAAGACAACUGUUGUCACUCAUACGUUAGUGUCAAGACUAGAGAUUACAGAUCUGCGAUACGACAUCACCUGCUAUGGAGAUUUUCUUCGGCACAUCCCAGCGAGACUGGGGAGGAAUGAGGCUCUCGACGCAUCUGCUGAUGCUUUGGCUACCACCUUCUCGACGCUUCAUAUGCCGCAAGGAUAUCAGACAAUUGACGCACUGACGAAGUAUGGUCGCGCCAUCAAUUCUUUGAGGCUAUGUCUCGAUAACCCUGUCAAGGCCAGGAUGCCCGAGACAAUGUGUGCUGUGUAUCUCAUCAUGAUCUGCCAGGGUUGGCUCGGGAGAGACGACGAUCCAUGCACAAGCCAUGGCCAAGGGUUAGCCUAUCUUCUCAAAGCAGCAGCACGAGAAAACUGGAAAGCUGGUUUCGAAACAGACAUGGUUCUCACAUUUUGUGUCCCAGUAAUCAUAGAAAGCAUCUCAAACCCCAAAGUAAAACUCGAAAAAUGGUUCUGGGACAUGCUCGACAACUUCAAAAAGAACAACCCCCCUUCCACAGCCGAAACCAGACAAGCAAAACAAGACGGACAAGAUUCUGGCGGUAUUCCAAGCCUUUCGAUAAGAAACUUGGGAAGACUGCCGGACUUUAUCAAUGAUCCUGAGACACAUCGUAUGGAGAUUACGUGUGCGUAUCAUAGAUUGUGUCGAGACCUGCGCAAAGUAGCAGAGAUUGUCAGAGCUGUGACAUGGGAGCCUGGAUACUCUCCCACGCCCAUGCAACUUCGACUGUCACGUUCGUACAACUCUGCAUACUCGGUCAUGCUCACAGUUCUCGUGAUAAUGAACUGUCUCAUGCAAGCUUUCGAUCCAUACAACCUCGCCCUCGUGGGUGAAGCAGCACUGUGUUCUUCGGAAGUGGUAUCCAUGGCUCGAAACAUUAGUCAGUACCGACCACUCGGGGCAAGCCAUGUACCGUUGGCGCUGGCUAUCGCAUGGGCUGCUACUGAAGAAGAGGGUCUGAAGACACAGCUAUAUGACCUGCUGAAAGAGUAUCAACAGGAUUGGAUGGUGACACGGUGGGACAAGGUCGGGUAUUGGUGGAUGGAUAAGUUUGGUGAGUUGAGAGAGAGACUUGCACCCAGGGUUAUAUCUCCUGAUGACGAGGGUAUCUUGACCUUUGAAGGUGCGGGCCUGAGCCAUGAUUAUUUUGAAUGGUUGUGA